AUAAGUGGGCGCGGGCGGAGCGGAGGGAGAUCUGAGCAGCGGCGGCGGCGGCAAGCGCACAGUGGGCCACUGAGAAGGAAAGCAACCAUGGAAGACCUAGGGGAAAACACCACGGUUUUAUCCACCCUGAGGUCUUUGAACAACUUCAUCUCUCAGCGUGUGGAGGGAGGAUCUGGACUGGAUAUUCCCACCUCGGCCCCAGGUUCUCUGCAGAUGCAGUACCAGCAGAGCAUGCAGUUGGAGGAAAGAGCAGAGCAGAUCCGUUCCAAGUCCCACCUCAUCCAGGUGGAGCGGGAGAAGAUGCAGAUGGAGCUGAGUCACAAGAGGGCUCGAGUGGAGCUGGAGAGAGCGGCCAGCACCAGUGCCAGGAACUAUGAGCGCGAGGUUGACCGCAACCAGGAGCUCCUGACCCGCAUCCGGCAGCUUCAGGAGCGUGAGGCCGGGGCGGAGGAGAAGAUGCAGGAGCAGCUGGAGCGCAGCAGGCAGUGUCAGCAGAGCCUGGAUGCUACCAGCAAGAGGCUGCGUGAGAAAGAGGACAGCCUGGCCCAGGCCGGCGAGACCAUCAACACACUGAAGGGGAGGAUCUCGGAACUGCAGUGGAACGUGAUGGAUCAGGAGAUGCGGGUGAAACGCCUGGAGUCGGAGAAGCAGGAGCUGCAGGAGCAGCUGGACCUGCAGCACAAAAAAUGGCAGGAAGCCAGUCAGAAAAUCCAGGAACUCCAGGCCAGCCAAGAAGCAAGAGCAGACCAAGAGCAGCAGAUUAAGGAUCUGGAGCAGAAGCUGUCCCUACAAGAGCAGGAUGCUGCGAUUGUGAAGAACAUGAAGUCUGAGCUGGUGCGACUCCCUAGGCUGGAACGGGAGCUGAAGCAGCUGCGGGAGGAGAGCACACGCCUGCGGGAGAUGAGAGAGACCAAUGGGCUGCUCCAGGAGGAGCUGGAAGGGCUGCAGAGGAAGCUGGGGCGCCAGGAGAAGAUGCAGGAGACGCUGGUUGGCUUGGAGCUAGAGAACGAGAGGCUGCUGGCCAAGCUGCAAAGCUGGGAGAGACUGGACCAGACCACGGGCUUGAAUGUCAGGACUCCGGAAGACCUUUCCAGAUUCGUGGUGGAGCUGCAGCAGAGGGAGCUUACCUUGAAGGACAAGAACAGCGCCAUCACCAGCAGCGCCCGGGGACUGGAGAAGGCCAGGCAGCAGCUGCAGGAGGAGCUCCGGCAGGUCAAUGGUCAGCUGCUGGAGGAGAGGAAGAAGCGCGAGACACAUGAGGCGCUGGCCCGGAGGCUCCAGAAACGGGUCCUGCUGCUCACCAAGGAGCGGGACGGCAUGCGAGCCAUCCUGGGCUCCUAUGACAGCGAGCUGACCCCAGCCGAGUACUCGCCCCAGCUGACCCGGCGCAUGCGGGAGGCCGAGGACAUGGUUCAGAAGGUGCACAGCCACAGCGCCGAGAUGGAGGCUCAGCUGUCGCAGGCCCUGGAAGAGCUGGGAGGCCAGAAACAAAGAGCAGACAUGCUGGAGAUGGAGCUGAAGAUGCUAAAGUCUCAGUCCAGCUCUCCCGAGCAAAGCUUCCUGUUCUCCAGGGAAGAGGUGGACACGCUCAGGUUGAAGGUUGAGGAGCUGGAGGGUGAGCGGAGUCGGCUGGAGGAGGAAAAGAGGAUGCUGGAGGCACAGCUGGAGCGGCUCACGCUGCAGGGUGACUAUGACCAGAGCAAGACCAAAGUGCUGCACAUGAGCCUGAACCCUGCCAGUGUGGCCAGGCAGCGCCUGCGUGAAGACCACAACCAGCUGCAGGCGGAGUGCGAGCGGCUGCGAGGGCUGCUGCGCACCAUGGAGAGAGGCGGCACCGUCCCAGCUGACCUUGAGGCCGCCGCAGCAAGUCUGCCAUCGUCCAAGGAGGUGGCAGAGCUGAGGAAGCAGGUGGAGAGCGCCGAGCUGAAGAACCAGCGGCUCAAGGAGGUUUUUCAGACCAAGAUCCAGGAGUUUCGAAAGGCCUGCUACACGCUCACCGGCUACCAGAUCGACAUCACCACGGAGAACCAGUACCGGCUGACCUCGCUGUACGCCGAGCACCAGGGUGACUGCCUCAUCUUCAAGGCCACCGGCCCCUCGGGCUCCAAGAUGCAGCUGCUGGAGACGGAGUUCUCUCACACAGUGGGCGAGCUCAUCGAGGCGCACCUGCGGCGCCAGGACAGCAUCCCCGCCUUUCUCAGCUCCCUCACCCUCGAGCUCUUCAGCCGCCAGACCGUGGCCUAGCCCGGCCUCAGGGGCACAGCCAGAGCCUCUCUGCUUGGCCUGACCUGCAGGUCCCCUGCCCUGCAGCCACAGAUGGGUGCAGUCCUGCCUCUCCAGCCCAGCAGGCCAGCAGCAAGACUGACAGACACACUGGGACUUGUCGGACAUCCUGCCGGGCGGCCACACCCUCCCCACAUGCAAACCCCAACAUCCCAGAGCCUGGUAGGCGGGUGUCCACUGCAGCCCUGGCUCCUCGCUUUGUGAAAUAAAGUCUUCUCCCC